GUUAACUUGAAUUUGCAAUAAGAUGCCUAAACUCCUGCAAGGCAUUGUUACUGUCAUCGAUGUUUUCUACCAAUAUGCCACUGAGCAUGAGAAAUGUAACAUGUUGAACAAAGAUGAGAUGAAAGAACUUUUAGAAAAUGAGUUUCGCCAAAUUCUGAAGAAUCCAGAUGAUCCAGACACUGUAGAUAUCAUCAUGCAAAGUCUGGAUCAAGACCAUAACAAAAAAGUGGAUUUUACUGAGUAUCUUCUAAUGAUAUUCAAGCUGGCUCAGGCUUGUAAUAAUAUUGUUGGCAAAGAUUACUGCCAAGCUUCAGGGUCAAAGCAGAGAGAUCACAAACACCAGCACCAAGAGGAACAGAGUGAAACAGAGGAAGAGGAAGACAAAGAACAAGAAACCUCUUCCAGUUAUUCAAGUUCUAGUGCAGGAGAGAAUUACUCUUAUUCUAGGGGCUCCAGGGGAAGCAUUAAACAGAGAUAUAGGUCCAUCUCCAGAAAACCAAGACAUCAAGGAGGUGUCUCUAGUUCUGGCCAUGGGCAAAGCUCUGAGGAAAGGACAGGGUCAUAUUCAAGCCACUUCGAUAGCAAUGAGAAAAACAAACAUGGUUCUCAUCAGCAAGAAAUAUCUGACUCAAAUGAAUCUUUAGAGAAUAAACAACAUAAGAAGAAAUUAGGCCAGUCUCCUAGUAAGCAGAGUAAUGAAUUCAGCUCAGAGAGUGAAGAAGGGCAGAAUCACUGGUCAAAUUUGAGUGACCCUUCCAGUUGUGGUCAUGAGUCUGGAUCAGAGAAUCUUCCAGCUAUAGAAAACCUGAAUCAACCUCAGGGCAAGAAUCUAGUCAAAGAUGUGGAUCCAGCACAAGUGGUCAUUCAGGUAGACAUGGAAAAUAUGAAUCUAGAUCAAUCUUCUGGUAGGGGACAACAUGGGUCCUCAUCAGGACACUCAUCAAGCUGUGGUCAGCAUGCACCUGGCUCAGGUCAGUCUUCAAGCUUUGGUCAGCAAGGUUCUGGUUCAGCUCAGUCUACAAGCCAUGGUCACCAACGUUCUGGUUCAAGUCAGACAUCUAGCAAGAAGAUUCAUGGGUCUGGUUCAGGCCAGUCUUCCAAGUUUGGUCAGCAUGGUUCUGGAUCAGAGCAGUCAUCGGGCUCUGGACAGGAAGGAUCCAGCUCAGGUCAGUCUAAAUUUGGUCAGCAAGGAUCGGGCCAACGUCAGCAUGGGUCUGAACAACGUCAGUCUUCUGGUAGGGGACAACAUGGGUCCUCAUCAGGACACUCAUCAAGCUGUGGUCAGCAUGGAUCUGGCUCAGGUCAGUCUUCAAGCUUUGGUCAGCAAGGUUCUGGUUCAGCUCAGUCUACAAGCCAUGGUCACCAGGGGUCUAGCUCAGGCCAGGCUUCUAGCCAUGGCCAACGUAGUUCUGGUUCAAGUCAGACAUCUAGCAAGAAGAUUCAUGGGUCUGGUUCAGGCCAGUCUUCCAAGUUUGGUCAGCAUGGUUCUGGAUCAGAGCAGUCAUCGGGCUCUGGACAGGAAGGAUCCAGCUCAAGUCAGUCUUCUAAAUUUGGUAAGCAAGGAUCGGGCCAACGUCAGUCUUCUAGCUGUGGCCAACAUGGAUCAGGUUCAACCCAUUCCUCUAGUCACAGCAGAAGUAGAUCGAGUUCAAGAGAGUCAUCUGGCUUAGGUCAGCAUGGGUCUGAACAACGUCAGUCUUCUGGUAGGGGACAACAUGGGUCCUCAUCAGGACACUCAUCAAGCUGUGGUCAGCAUGGAUCUGGCUCAGGUCAGUCUUCAAGCUUUGGUCAGCAAGGUUCUGGUUCAGCUCAGUCUACAAGCCAUGGUCACCAGGGGUCUAGCUCAGGCCAGGCUUCUAGCCAUGGCCAACGUAGUUCUGGUUCAAGUCAGACAUCUAGCAAGAAGAUUCAUGGGUCUGGUUCAGGCCAGUCUUCCAAGUUUGGUCAGCAUGGUUCUGGAUCAGAGCAGUCAUCGGGCUCUGGACAGGAAGGAUCCAGCUCAAGUCAGUCUUCUAAAUUUGGUAAGCAAGGAUCGGGCCAACGUCAGUCUUCUAGCUGUGGCCAACAUGGAUCAGGUUCAACCCAUUCCUCUAGUCACAGCAGAAGUAGAUCGAGUUCAAGAGAGUCAUCUGGCUUAGGUCAGCAUGGGUCUGAACAACGUCAGUCUUCUGGUAGGGGACAACAUGGGUCCUCAUCAGGACACUCAUCAAGCUGUGGUCAGCAUGGAUCUGGCUCAGGUCAGUCUUCAAGCUUUGGUCAGCAAGGUUCUGGUUCAGCUCAGUCUACAAGCCAUGGUCACCAGGGGUCUAGCUCAGGCCAGGCUUCUAGCCAUGGCCAACGUAGUUCUGGUUCAAGUCAGACAUCUAGCAAGAAGAUUCAUGGGUCUGGUUCAGGCCAGUCUUCCAAGUUUGGUCAGCAUGGUUCUGGAUCAGAGCAGUCAUCGGGCUCUGGACAGGAAGGAUCCAGCUCAAGUCAGUCUUCUAAAUUUGGUAAGCAAGGAUCGGGCCAACGUCAGUCUUCUAGCUGUGGCCAACAUGGAUCAGGUUCAACCCAUUCCUCUAGUCACAGCAGAAGUAGAUCGAGUUCAAGAGAGUCAUCUGGCUUAGGUCAGCAUGGGUCUGAACAACGUCAGUCUUCUGGUAGGGGACAACAUGGGUCCUCAUCAGGACACUCAUCAAGCUGUGGUCAGCAUGGAUCUGGCUCAGGUCAGUCUUCAAGCUUUGGUCAGCAAGGUUCUGGUUCAGCUCAGUCUACAAGCCAUGGUCACCAGGGGUCUAGCUCAGGCCAGGCUUCUAGCCAUGGCCAACGUAGUUCUGGUUCAAGUCAGACAUCUAGCAAGAAGAUUCAUGGGUCUGGUUCAGGCCAGUCUUCCAAGUUUGGUCAGCAUGGUUCUGGAUCAGAGCAGUCAUCGGGCUCUGGACAGGAAGGAUCCAGCUCAAGUCAGUCUUCUAAAUUUGGUAAGCAAGGAUCGGGCCAACGUCAGUCUUCUAGCUGUGGCCAACAUGGAUCAGGUUCAACCCAUUCCUCUAGUCACAGCAGAAGUAGAUCGAGUUCAAGAGAGUCAUCUGGCUUAGGUCAGCAUGGGUCUGAACAACGUCAGUCUUCUGGUAGGGGACAACAUGGGUCCUCAUCAGGACACUCAUCAAGCUGUGGUCAGCAUGGAUCUGGCUCAGGUCAGUCUUCAAGCUUUGGUCAGCAAGGUUCUGGUUCAGCUCAGUCUACAAGCCAUGGUCACCAAGGGUCUAGCUCAGCAAAAGGAUUCAUGGGUCUGGUUCAGGUCAGUCAUCCAAGUUUGGUCAGCAUGGUUCUGGGUCAGAGCAGUCAUCGGGCUCUGGACAGGAAGGAUCCAGCUCAGGUCAGUCUAAAUUUGGUCAGCAAGGAUCGGGCCAACGUCAGUCUUCUAGCUGUGGCCAACGUGGAUCUGGUUCAACCCAUUCCUCUAGUCACAGCAGAAGUAGAUCGAGUUCAAGAGAGUCAUCUGUCUUAG